UUCCGCUGCUUCACAGCUGCUCGCCGUCGCUGUCAUCGUCCGACUCUGCUAGCACAUCAUGUCCACCGCCGCGGCCUCCAGGAACGCCAUCCGGCGGCUCAUCAAUGUGGCUCAACACACCGCCUGCCCCUGCCAUGGCUGCCGGUCUGGGGGUGCGCACAACCCCAUACACGCCCUGCAGCAGAUGAGAAAGUACGCGACUCCCGUGGAGAGUCUCCCUGUCGAGAAGGAGUAUGCGUUCGAGGUUGCUGCGGCCCAUCUCCGCUUUGGUGAGGGUGUCACUCGCGAGGUCGGCAUGGACUUCAAGAACAUGAAGGCGCGCAAGGUCGCGGUCUUCACCGACCCCAAUGUUGCGAAGCUCCCGCCUGCGAAGAUGGCCAUUGCAUCAUUGGAAGCACAACAGGACCUGCCGUUCGAGGUGUACGAUCGUGUUGUCGCGGAGCCCACGGAGGCAAGCUGGCGGGACGCCAUUGCUUGGGCCAGAAAGCAUGACUGCAGCCACUUUCUCGCCGUCGGAGGUGGAAGUGUGAUGGACACCGCUAAAGCUGCCAACUUGUUCACUGUGUACAAGGAUGCUGAUCUCUUCGACUUCAUCAACGCGCCUGUAGGCAAGGGACUGCCCGUCACGGAAAAGCUGCAUCCCCUCAUCGCAAUCCCCACCACUGCCGGCACGGGUUCCGAGACCACGGGCACGGCCAUCCUGGACAUCACCUCAAUGGCCUUCAAGACAGGUAUCGCGAACCGCGCCUUGAAGCCUAUACUCGGCAUCGUCGACACACUCAACACUAGGACAUGCUCUAGGGAGCUGCACAUAAGCGCAGGCCUUGACGUCCUGUUCCACAGCUUGGAGAGCUACACUGCUAUCCCCUACAACGAACGCACGCCUCGUCCGAGUAACCCCAUCUAUCGCCCUGCGUACCAGGGCAGCAACCCCGUGGCAGACAUCUUCUCGAUGUGGGCUCUCCACACGACCGUUAAGCACCUGCCGCGGAUCGCGAAGAACCCUGACGACCACGAGUCGCUCGCGCAGAUGAUGCUGGCCGCUUCCUUUGCUGGCAUCGGCUUUGGCAACGCCGGCGUGCACCUGUGCCAUGGCAUCAGCUACCCUAUCUCCGGUUUGAACAAGAAGGGCCCCAAGUACAAGUAUGCGGGCUACAACGUCGACCACCCCAUCAUCCCCCACGGCGUCACCGUCGCGCUCCCUGCCCCGGCGGUCUUCCUGUUCACCGCACCCUCCUCGCCCGACCGCCACCGCGAGGCCCUCGCGGUCUUCCAGGGCGUCAGCGCGACCGACCCCUCCAUCACCGCCAUCCCGGACAACGCUAUCGGGGCGCACCUCUUCGAGGCCAUCGCGCGCUUCCUCGACGGGCUCGGGGUGCCUCGCGGGCUCAAGGCUGUCGGGUACACCAAGGCCGACAUCCCGGCGCUCGUGGACGGGACGAUCCCGCAGAGGCGCGUGCUGGACCUCGCGCCGGGCAUUGGGGACAUCGUGGGUGAGGACGGGAGGGAGCACUUGACGAAGAUCAUCGAGAACUCGUUUGAGUACUGAGUGGGAGCGACGGCCCUGUCCAUGAUAUUGUAUACUAGUCAUCUACCUAUGGAAUGCGCGUGUAGCGCGAUGCAUCAAGUGC